AUGGAUUGGUCUAGCCAGGAGAAGUUGUUUGGCCCCCUCGCCGAGUGCUUCGUGGAAGACAUUGCUAGCCUGGAGAAUCUCGUCUACAAUGCCGACGCGCCAUGGGAAGUCAUGGCCUCCAUCUACACAUACGAAUAUCAAACAUCCCAUUUCUACAACGACCAAGACAGAAAGAGGCAUGGCAUUGAGCCUCCCGCAACACUGCUGGACACCAACGAGGGCAUCAAAAUCCGCAAAGUGACUGUCGUUCUCCUUGUCGAGUUCCACAAUGGAGCGAAUCACGAUACCUGUCAGGGUUGGGGAGAUGCAGAGUGGACGUCUGGUGGCGACUCAGCUGCAGAACUUAUCGAUGGGGAGCAGCGAGGACAACGGGCUCUUUGUCCGUCACGGCCGUGACAUAUAUGCGUGCCUGCGGCCGCGUUACGAAGCACUCGACGGCGAAGAGGAUGAGACUGACUACGCGCCACAUCCCCCACUCCAACUCUUCAACUCAUGCUCCGCAAGCACGACGAGCUGCAAUUCGUUAGAGGGGCCUUUGAUCGAACAUACUAGUCAGCCUCGUAAGACAAGUUUCUUUUCUCCACGGCGUUGGAACACGAAUGCGAUUCAAUGUUGGACGCGCUUGAGCCCGUCACCGGCGAGGUAUGAAAUCAUCGACUGGAUAGAGCACAUCCGGUCGGGAACGAACGGCAUUGGACGGUCUGCAUUCAGAAACGGGACGAGGUGACUCUGGACUACGCCUUUGCAUUCACGAAUCCCGCACUGCGCCAAACAGCAAUGUCAAGUCCAUCGUGUGGGAAGUGGCUGAUAUUUUGUCAAGCGAUGUAGCAGUUGAUAGAUUACUAAAUAGGGGUAAUGUGCGUUGGGAAGCGCUUCGGAACUCGGUCAAAAGCAUACAAAGUGUCCUUCGCUUCGGUUGAGCGUUUGGAGGGUAGCAGUAAAAAAAGGGGCAAGAUGUAAAGAUGAGACGCAAAGAGAUGUGCGGACGGGGAAUUCCCCCGCGGCCGCUGACACGGCAGAAUCAAUGCUUGCGCAGAUCAGGCUUCAGAUAUAAUAUUGAGAUCACGCUGCCACCUUGGGUGGUCAGUCAUUCUCUUCCUAUCAUGUAUUGUUUGAUAAUCAUCACAAGCC